UGAAAAAUAUCAAAGGAAAACAUUGUUUGAGGUAUGCAUUUGGUUUGGCACAACAUGUUAUGACUAUUGCCAUUGAAAUUGAUUUUUUUAUGAACAUCAGGAGCCUUUUACUUCAAUCUGGGAAAUCUUAGUCCAGAAUACCGUUCUGUUAUCAACUCAAUUCAGCUAAUUGCUUUGUGCCGAGUACCGCUCAUAAAAAAGUAUGGAAUGAAUAGGAUACUGCAGCCAUUCAUGCAAGACCUGCAUCAACUAGAGGCAGAUAGAGGUGUAACAUUUUGGAUAGAUGAACAAGAAAGAACAUUCAGUGGUUCCAUUGGACCUUAUUCAAGUGACAAUCUUGGGGCACAUUCUCUUGGUGGUUUUCAGGAGAGCUUUUCUGGUCUAAGGAUUUGUAGAAUUUGUAUGGCAACUAGAGAAGACACUAACACAAAGUUUACAGAAGCAGAUUUUCAAAUUAGAACAAGAGCAAUCCAUGACAGACAUUGCCGGCUUGUAGAAAAUGAUGCAAAUCUAGAAGCAACUUAUGGGGUAAAAACAAGAAGUGUUCUCAACCAGUCCCGUUACUUCCACAUUACUGAUGGACUUGUUCUUGAUGUCAUGCAUGACCAACUUGAGGGAGUGCUGCCCCUAGAAGUCAAGAUUCUGUUACAGAAGUACAUUCAAGAGGAAAAUUAUUUCACACUUGAAAUUGUGAAUGACAGAUUAGAAAGAUUGUGGUAUCCUCAAUCUGAUGCUAGCAAUAAACCAAGUCCUAUAAAGCCGCAGUCAUUGGCAAACAAUUCAAUGAGGAUUUCACAGUCAGCAGCUCGGAUGUGGUGCCUGGCAAGAAUGUUUCCUAUACUUAUAGGAGACUUGAUUCCACAAAAUGAUGAGCACUGGGAAAAUUUUUUGCGACUACUGAAAAUUGAAGAAAUUGUUUUUGCUCCUAAAGCAACACCACAGCUGGCUGCAUAUCUUGGAGUUCUCAUAGAGGAGUACCUAGAGGACUAUGUCAACCUCAAUGACCGGCUUCCAAUCCCAAAACAGCAUUACAUGGUGCAUUACCCAAAUCAAAUUAUCAAAAAUGGUCCCCUAGUAAGAAACUGGGCCAUGAGGUUCGAGGCCAAACAUAACUACUUUAAAAAGCUGGUAGACAACAUCAACAAUUUCAAAAAUAUCACCUAUUCCUUGGCUAUGAGGCAUCAAGCCCUUCAGACUUAUCGAAUGCAAAGUUCACAAGGCAACUAUUUGAGAGUGUCUUUGGAAAUUGGACCUGCUGUUGGAAGGGUAACAACUGUUCAAGAAGCAGGAGUAGAAGAUGAGCUGCAAGAGGCAGACCCCCAAACUAAAGGCGACAGUUCACUGACACGCACAUCCUGGGUUAAAGUUUAUGGAACCAAAUACGUAAAGGGCGAUGUUAUUGUAAUUGACUACCACCAUGGCUUUCCAAUUUUGGGAAAGAUCCAAAAGGUUUUGGUUGUUGAGAGACACAUAGUUUGGUUUCAGUACCUUAAAAUAAAUGUUACUGAAUUUGUCUGUCAUUUAAAUGCUUUUAAAGUUCAGCAACUGAACGAAAUAAGAUAUAUUAAGCAAUCUGAGCUUCUAGAUUAUUACCCCUUGGUCUCGUUAAGGGAUUUGGUUGCUAUGCCAACCAAGUCUUCGUGA